AUGGACAACAAUGGAGGAGUUGGUCAAGGAACCGCUGAGGAACAUGGGAUCGAGCUCAUGAGGCGGGAUUCAUUGGCUUCGAUGUCAGAAUAUAUGGAGGUAGCGCCGAAAUGGAAUAAUGAAUCAGCAGACGAAAGCAGAUGUAGCAUCUUCAGAGUUCCUCUGGCACUUGCCGGAGGAAAUGCCCAGGCGUCUCGGCCUCGCAUCGUCUCUAUUGGCCCAUACCACCAUGGGGAACCCCCGUUGCAGAUGCUUCAGGAGCACAAGCGGACAUACCUCCAGACCAUGCUGGACCAAACUCAACCGCACGGUGUCGGCUUCGAGGACCUCAUCAAUAAAGUGGCAUCGAAAGUGGAAAUAAUCCGGCAAUGCUAUUCGGAGAUCACCAAGUGUUUCAGCGGACCUGAUCUUGUGAAAAUGAUGGUUGUUGAUGGAUGCUUCAUCAUUCAGUUCCUCCGUCAAAUCGCAGGGGUCAUACGGAUGGAUCCCCCAUUAAAUAAUUCAUACGUGUUAAAUUCUGUUGCACGGGACCUUCUUCGGCUUGAGAACCAGGUCCCAUACUUUGUUCUCGAGGAUUUGUUUGAAACAACGAAUGUUCCAAAAGGAACGCGGUCCUUGGCCAAUCUUGCCUUCAAAUUCUUCAUCUCUUUCGAUGCAGGACCCGGCUUUGUCUUGGAAAGACAGAUCAAUAUAAAAGGAGUGCAUUUACUCGAUUCCUUUCGUCUGAGUUUAAUAGCUCAGGGUCAACAAGACAAUCCAGUAGAGAAGAGUUCAUACUGUCGUUUGAUUAGAUCUGCCUCAGAGCUCCGUCGAGUGGGAAUUGGAUUCAAGCAGGGGCAAGCCAGCAGCUUCCUGGGGAUCAAAUUUGACAGUGAACGCAGAACCGUCAGAAUUCCACAAAUAGCAAUAGAUGAUGAUCUCAAUUGCAUCCUCCCCAAUAUGGUUGCUUUUGAACAGUGCCGUGGCCAAAAGGACGGGCACAUAACCGCCUAUGCAGUAUUCAUGGGAUGCCUCAUUCACACUGCUGAUGACGUACAGCUUUUGCGUGACCGUAAAGUCAUAUCAAAUCACGGUAUGAGCAACCAGGAUGUUGCACACUUCUUCGGUGACAUAUGCAAGGAUGCUACUAUAGACAUCCUCAAGACCUAUCUAGCGUCGCACUUUUCAUUUUUAAAUGAGUCUUUUAAGUAUGAGCAGGCUCAUCUUUGCUGGGCACAACUCCUAAAUGCUUUUCAUGACAACCCAUGGUCAGCUCUUUCGGGCUUAGCUGUUAUAGUGACGCUUGUAGGCAUCAUUCAAACAAUGUAUACUGUGUUGCAGUACUAUCAUCCCAAGUAG